AUGUCCCUUACUACUAAACUUCGUCGUAUUCGUAAGCCACCCCCAGAGGGUUGGGAUCUCAUCGAACCGACAUUGGAAGAAUUCGAAGCAAAGAUGCGUGAAGCUGAAACGGAUCCACAUGAGGGAAAGCGACGUACUGAAACUCUGUGGCCUAUUUUCAGGGAUUGCAAGGAAAGGUAUAAUAAGAUGAAGCACAAUUUCAGCAAGAUCUCGGGAUCAGGAAAAAGGAGCGGGUGA